ACUCCAGGUCAGAGCAGCCAUGCCUGAUCCAAAGAGGACCAGAGCGCUCUCUUAGACCCAGAGUGGGCUGCGCUUGACUGAGUGGAAGACAAAGAUGGAUGGAAAGGAGGGGUGUAUCACCCCCACCCUCCUAGGACAGGAAGAGCACAGGGGGCCUGGAAAUCCAGGAACCAAGGGUGGAAAACUCUCAUGAUGUUGGUUUUUAAGAAUCCAGCCUUGUGGCGCAUGGAGGCGCGUGCCUGUAACCCCAGCAACCACGUCGAUGAUGCAGAAGGAUCCCGAAGUUUACGGCAAGAACUCAGUUGGACUCUUGUCUUAAAAGAGCUACACCCUGAAGGGAGCAGAGCGGUGGCUGGCGACCUCACGGCUGGUGACGUCAUGACAAGCGAGGUGAUUGAGGAUGAGAAACAGUUUUAUUCGAAGGCCAAGACCUACUGGAAGCAGAUCCCACCCACGGUGGACGGCAUGCUCGGGGGGUAUGGCCACAUCUCCAACAUCGACCUCAACAGCUCCCGGAAGUUUCUGCAGAGGUUUUUAAGGGAAGGCCCAAACAAGACAGGGACUUCCUGCGCCUUGGACUGUGGUGCUGGUAUUGGAAGGAUCACCAAGCGCCUGCUCCUGCCACUCUUCAGGGUGGUUGACAUGGUCGACGUGACGGAAGACUUCCUGGCCAAAGCCAAGACCUACCUGGGGGAAGAGGGCAAGAGGGUGAGGAACUACUUCUGCUGUGGGCUGCAGGACUUCAGCCCUGAGCCUGGCUCCUAUGACGUGAUCUGGAUCCAGUGGGUGAUAGGCCACCUGACGGAUCAGCACCUGGCUGAGUUUCUGCGACGCUGCAAGCGGGGCCUGCGCCCCAACGGCAUCAUCGUCAUCAAGGACAACAUGGCCCAGGAGGGUGUGAUCCUGGAUGACGUGGACAGCAGUGUGUGCCGUGACCUUGAGGUGGUCCGCCGGAUCAUCCGCAGUGCAGGCCUCAGCCUCCUGGCCGAGGAGCGCCAGGAAAACCUGCCAGAUGAGAUCUACCAUGUCUACAGCUUCGCCCUGAGAUGAAGCCAGGGCCAGAGCUGGGGGCCAGCAGCUGGCAGGCCAAGAGACACACCAUUGACUCCAGUGGGAAGGGUCAAGCCCUAGGGGAGGUGUGCCCUGGAUUGGGGCACUGCAGCCCUGUCACUCUAAAGCACCCUGGCAGCUUCCCACAGGGCUAUGGAAAGCAAGAGUUGUCACCGCUGGACUAUCUGCCCGAGGGGAAAGACUUCACUUGGUUGCCUAGGGACCCCAAUGUGUGGACUGCUGUGUUCCAGGACAGCCAGGCCACACAUGGUACCUGCCAGACAGUACCACUUACAGAAAUGGUCACAGCAGCCUGCAGCUCUUAGGAGCUCCUCUCUGACACAGCCAAUAAAAGGGUGAGUCCUA